AUGUUUUCGAAAUUGGAUGCAUUUAAUUUCCAAAUAGUAGCACAGCACUUCUGUUUUUCAGACGACUAUCUUAAUGCUGUUUUAGUCUGUAAGAAAUUUGCAUGUAUUUUAGAUCGAUUUCGGUACAACCCAAUCCCAGUGACUUCCACAAGACUUUUCCCGUGUAUGGAAACGCAGUACUUGUACACAGACAACGAUGUUGAACUGCAAAACAUACAACAUUUUGUCGUGUUGUACCCAGUCGACUAUUCGUUUGUUAAAAGUUACUCCAAAGAUACUUUUCACGUUUUCAAAAACAUUCGAAUGACUUCCGACGACUUUCCAUCUCAAAAUUCCGACCAAAUGGAAAAUAAAAGUUCUUCAAAUGAUUCAAAUGAAAAUGCUUUACUGGAAGAGUUGCAUCAAAACAGAAACAUCAAAAUUUUAGGAAAUGGAUUUAUGGGGAUUUUGAAUAUAAAAGACUUUGACAUUCCAAAACACAUAACAGAGUUGGAAGAAGCCGCGUUCAGUGAUAAUACUUCUCUUGAAAGUGUGACAUUCUGUGAUGGUCUCACGUCUAUUCCUAAUAGUUGUUUCUCUGAUUGCGUCAACUUAAAAACGAUCAACUUACCACCCACAAUAACAUCAAUAGAGUCAAAGGCUUUCAAAGGCUGUGGUAUUGAAGAAGUGACACUUUCAUCGACCAUCAUGUAUGUUGGGUCAGCAUUUAUGGAUUGCGUCCACCUCAAAAAAGUGAGUCUUCCAAAGGGUAUAAAAACAAUUGAGACUUCCACGUUUGCGAACUGUUCAGUUCUCUCAAAAGUCGAGUUGCCAGCUGGCCUCUUGGAGAUUAAAAGUUGUGCGUUUGAGGGUUGUAAGUCACUUGAAGAGAUAACAAUUCCUCAAAGUGUUUAUAUUGUUGGAAACAAUGCGUUUGCAAACUGUGAAGAGAUCAAAGAACUUGUAUUUGGUGAGAGUUGUGUUAUUGAAGAAGAAGUCUUUGUUGGGUGCACUGGACUGACAAAAUUAAUUGUGCCAACUACGAAAGGGAAGGUUAAUACCAUAAUAAGUCGGGAAGAGGAGGCAAUAUAUAAAAAGUUUUAUGAAAAUGUCGAAGUUGAAAAAGACUGGAUUGUAGAGGCGAAAAAUUAUGUCCGUGAAGAGGAUAAUGUCAAGGAGAAGGUUUGUUAUUAUAUCAAUUGA